CCCCCGCAGACCCCGCCCCCGGCGCGGCGGAAGGGCAGAAGGCAAUUCCGGCUUCUGUCGGGGGUCGCAUCCGCCCCCCUCAGCCUCGGAGCGGAGCGGAGUGGUGUCCCCGUUGCACCGUUCCCCCCGGUCUCUCCCGGAAGUGCCGGCCGGCCCUCAGGGCGGGGGCGGCACCGAGGAAGCCGGCGCAGGGGUCUGACCGGGCGGUGACUGGGGGCCGCUUCCCCCGGCGGGGAAAGGGCCAUGAACGGCACCGCGAACCCGCUGCUGGACCGCGAGGAGCACGGCCUGAAGCUCGGCGAGAGCUUCGAGAAGAGGCCCAAGUCCUCCUUCCACACCAUCCGCUAUGACUUUAAACCGGCGUCCAUUGACACGUCGUGCGAAGGAGAGCUGCAGGUGGGCAAAGGCGAUGAAGUCACCAUCACCCUGCCACACAUCCCGGGAUCAACACCUCCAAUGACCGUGUUCAAAGGAAACAAAAGACCGUAUCAGAAAGAUUGCGUUCUUAUCAUUAAUCAUGACACUGGUGAAUAUGUACUGGAAAAACUCAGUAGCAGCAUUCAGGUCAAGAAGACAAGAGCCGAGGGAAGCAGCAAAAUCCAGGCCCGAAUGGAGCAGCCCCCUACUCGGGCACCGCCACCUCCCAUAUCAUUUAGAGCCCCGAUGAAACCACCAGCUGGACCAAAAACCUCUCCUGUGAAAGAUAACCCUUCACCUGAACCCCAGUUGGAUGACAUUAAGAGAGAGCUGAGAGCAGAGGUGGAGAUAAUCGAGCAGAUGAGUAGCAGCAGUGGGAGCAGCUCAUCGGAUUCCGAGAGCUCCUCGGGCAGUGAGGAUGACAGCUCCAGCAGCGAAGGAGAGGAGCCGGCCCCCCGUGCCUCGCCCUCCCAGCCUCCUCACCAGCACUUCAGUCACAGAAACCCUGUGGCCAAUGGCACCAGCCGGCCCCCAGGAAAUAACCAGCUGAUGAACACCCUGCGAAAUGACUUACAAUUGAGUGAGUCUGGCAGCGACAGCGACGACUAGCACUGGAACUUCCUGCAUCUGUCUCUUUGGUAGGAGAAUAUGUGUCGGCCGCAGGACACAAGGAGAGCGCCUGGGGAUUAGUGAUCACCAAGGAGUUGUCACCAAGCUCGAGCACCAGUGCUCUUGUAUAUAUUAUGUGAAUCCAGUUUUAAAAGUUUUACCUAGGUCUGUAGAGUAAAUGACUAGGGGGGGUUGUUCUUUUUUGGUUAACAUUGUGGAUGAAAAACCUAAACAGUUGGGUGGUGGUCUUAGUUAUUCAAAGGUUGAGUGAUAGACACAUCCUUGGAAGCCACUAGUUUGGACAUGCCAUCUUCAUUACUGAAGCAAAUUAUUUGGCCUUUGGGGGGGGAAACAGCACCCCAAAGGUAUGUUAAAGCCUCUAAUUAUUGACCAUGUGGAGAUGAAGGUUGUGGCCUUCCUUGCCUUAUUAGACCUGACAGGCCAGUGGAGACAGACUUAGGCACAGACUUUCAGAGGUAAAGAGAACAUUGUAUAGGGUCCAGUCCAAGCAGGGAGGCUGAGAGAGGCAGAGCCACAUAGCUAGUUAAUAACAGAGGGGAGUAAAACCCAAGGCUCCAGCACUUUUCUGUUGUAUCAUAAUGAUGCCUCCCAUUCUAUUUCACCAAAUAUUUAUUGAACACCUACUGUGUGCAGAGCUUAGGCAUGUAGCAAAACCAAUGAUUUGUGUAUAGAGAGUAAUCAGAUACCUAGUGGAGCUUUGUACCUAGACUGUGAAAGUCAUGACUACCAUUUUACUUCUAGUUUGAAUAUGAACCAGCCAAAAUUGGCUCUGUCCAAGACAGAAGAACCCCAUGAGUAGGUGCAGUGACUGGAUGAAAUCUGAGGUUUGAGUAUUGAGUUGAUACAGGAAAACCCUGAGCCCACGCUCGUCUUUCAUUGGACAGCAUGGAUUCUGUGGAUUUGUAAAGGAAUGGGUUUUGAGGAGGGGGGGUCAGGAGAAAACUACUGAAUGUAUGAACUAGAAGUGAGUUUUGUACAAAAUAGCCCAGGAAGAGUUUGAAGUCAUCAAAUGAGAGGAGGCCCAUAACUCUCCUUGAUUUGGGGAUCUUCCCUCCCCGCCCGCCCGCCCGCGUUUGUACAACUUUGUUUAAAUGACAGGUUGUAUUUUUAUAUAGCUGGAAGCAAGACAAACUGUUUUAUACAGAUCUUCUGCAAAAUGCUUAAAAUACUGACAAAAUGAAAAGGUGAUUGUAAGACAACAGUCCUAAGUUACAAUGAAGUGUACCUUAUUAAGUGUACAUGCAAUAGGCCUCCAUACAGUGUAAUGAACAUCCCAUUGCCUAUCAUUAUAGCACAUAUUUCUUAACACAAGGAAAUUCAUUGGCUUAUGUUUUCUGGGCAUGUAGACUUUAAAUUAAUUUCUGGCCUAUUGCUUCCCUAACUUAGGCCUCCUUUUUACCCCACCAUUCCCCUGUCAGUUCUUCAACACCAGUUCUGAAGUAGGAGAAUUUGAAUCUAGAUAUGGGAUACAAGACACAUGGGGAAGCUCAAAGGAAUACAACUAAGGGGAGCCAUUGUUAGGGGGCAGGAGGAGGUUCUAUUGCUUGGGGUUGGGGUUGGGGGAGGACUCUGCUUUCCCCUUAGGAAUUGUCCAAAGAAAGCUGGGAGUUCAAGUAAAGGAGAAUAAACCUCAUUGCCUUGUGACCUUUAAAUACUUUUUGGUUCUUACCCAAAUCUCAGGCUUUUAGAUUGAAUUUAAUGGAAUAUAAGACUUUAUUUAUAAUGAAUUGAUAAUUUAUUUAUAAACUGUUGGUAGUGUUGACAUUAGAGAUGGACAAUACCAUUAUCCGUUUAUAUUGUUGCUGGAAAAAAGGAAUAUUUAAAUAUUUCACUGCUAUUAUUAACUUGCCCAAUUCUUUGAGCCAGAUUUCAGUCAUUUGAAUUAAGGUUUCCUGUGUAAGCGUUUAAAUUUUAAAUAAAAACAAAUGCUAAAGGAAGCAGGCAGGACCUUGAUUCUAACAUCUCCAAGUCAUGUUCAUUUGCUAAUCGUCAGAAAGGAUUGUGUAAACGCAUUAUUUGCACAUAGCACUAUGGUUAGUUAUUCAGAUACAGUAGAAUAGUAGGAGAAAUGUGGAGGGUAGGACAUUCCAAGAAUAUGCACACUCUGGAUAACAACUCGGACAUGGGAGUCAUGGAUGUUUUCAACAUUUUGAAGCAUCUCAUGGAAUUUUUCAAAUUUUCUUUUGUUAUUUGUCUUCCCAUCCUUUUGUGUUUGUUUAGAGACUGGUGGUCAUAAUGGAUAGUCAGAAAUCUCAGAACCCUGUCUUUUGGAAAUACUUGUUAUACAAUGCUUAAAUUUUACAUCUAAAAUCACAGUAGGGUUUGGAUACUACAGACUUGAGAUUUUUAGCUAAAACCAAGACUACUUAUUCUUUAUUUGCCUUUUGUCUGUAACAAUCUUGUGUUUUUCUGUGUGUGGUGUUUAUAUUUGCUUGUCUUUGGUGGUGGGAAAACUUAAGACUCAAGAAUCCCUAUUUCCUUGAUUAAGAUAACAGAUUCAGUAGAAUGUGUGUCUAUGUGUGUGUUUGUGAUGUAUUUAUAUGUUAUUUUGAAAGAAAUAUUCUUAUGUGGAUGUAUAUUAGACUAUAGUAAAAAUGGAGUUAUUCCAGUGGGGUGUGUGUGGUAGGUGGCAUUUUGGAAACUCAGGUGUAGGUUGAAGUAAAAGACCAGUAGAACAGUGAUCAUCCCUUGCCAUUGCCAUUUCCCCAUCAUCGCUUUUGUCCUGAAUUUUGACAAAUUAACUUAAAGUUGUCUGGCUCUGUGAUUACAAUUUUUAAAAUCUUGUGCCUAGAGUUUAUUUUCAUAGCUGCUUUAUGAUAGGGUAGAGAUAUGCAUGUUUACAUUUAUGUAAAAUAUUUGCAGUGUAAAGUUUUAUAGUUUACUCUUUUAAAAAAUCACUAUAUUUAAAUAAGAAAUUAAAGUCAGCAAUUCUUCUUU